AUAAACAACAAUUGGAAGAAGCUCUCCUCUUUCAUCAAGCAAAACCCAUCUCUCACUUCCCAGAUUCCCAUCACUACUUUUACCAGAAACACAAAACCUUAUAAUAAAGAUUCAAUCUUUCUUCUGAAUCGGUGAUCAUAGCCUCUCAUACUUGUCACCAGAUUAUAUCUCUCUGAGAAGAACAAAGAUCUGAUCAACAUUCCCCUGCGGGCUUAUUGUUUGAAACAUAUUGAAAGAUGGGUCUAUCAAGCCUUCCUGGUCCAUCAGAAGGAAUGCUAUGCGUGUUAUUAGUCAACACAGCCUUAUCAAUCUCCAUCUUCAAAGGCAUCGUCAGAUCAGUGCUUCAGCUAGUAGGAAUCCGUCUCUCUCCUUCUUCAGUAGCGCCGGCCGCAUCUUCAGAGAAUCAGACAUCAGAGACUUUUGAUUUCCGGGUCUGCCAGCCUGAGAGUUUCCUUGAGGAAUUCAGGAACAUGACCCCCACAAUGAAGUUUGAGAGCUUGUGCAAGUGCAAGAAACAGGCGGACAACGAGUGUUCUGUAUGCCUGUCGAAAUUCGAAGAGGAUUCAGAGAUCAACAAGCUAAAAUGUGGCCACUUGUUUCACAAAACAUGCUUGGAGAAAUGGAUAGACUACUGGAACAUCACUUGCCCACUCUGUAGGACUCCUCUUGUUGUUGUCGCACCAGACGACCAGCUGGUUUCCUCUAAUGUUUGGUGAUCGUCUUCGUAUAGAGUUCUUUUUCUUUUUGGGUUUGGGGUAUGUUUGUUGUUGUUCUGUACAGCUACUACUGCUUUUACUAUGAAAUUAGGCUGCGUCACGGUUGAUUCUUCAUCAGAUUCAGACCGGAGAUGGGGUAUUCUGUUGUACAUAUUCUGUGAGCUGUUUUUAUGUAUACCCAUGUGUAAUGGAAGCUCUUGUUUGAACUUA